GAACAAAACCAGUACCAAUUUAAAGGCUAAUUAAAAUUUGUGGUCUAAAGUUUCACUUUACAGGGUACCUGGUGUUGAAUUGAACAGUAAAAUAUCUUAAAACGAAAUACCAAUGGAAGCGGUAGACAAUUAUCCUUCAGAUUUAGUAACCGCCUUUGCACCCAGCGUCAGUUUCUUACGCCGUGGUAACAUAAGGUUUUUCACUGAUGAUGAAUCGAAGUUCUCGAAGUAUUGGAAAUUUUUUCUCAUUAUUCCCAGCAUCGCUUUGUUCUACACCACCUCUGUUAUUCAUGCUUGUGAUUUGUUGUCGCAGAAACAGAUUUUUCUUGUUGCUUAUUUACUACCACCUAUAUUAGUAUCGACUCAAGCAAUACUAAAGGCAUGUGUCGUCAUCCCACAAAUGGCACAGAUAACGGGCAUGUUAAAAGAACUGGGAGAGUUGUGGAAAACAAAGGGUAUCACAAAAAAGCAAAAUUACAAGAAGACCGAACUUCUUAAGAAGAUAAAUUUCUGUAACUCACUGCUCCAUUGGGUUAGCAUCAUAGGUACAUUUCAAUACCUCAUCUCGCCCCUAGUGGAGACUUUGGUCCGAAAGUUCAUACUGAUGGAAGAGUGUGAGUUCCUCUUGCCUAUCUACGGAAGCUAUCCGCUUAACGCCACCAACAAUUGGAUCUCCUACUUACUGAUUUAUAUCAUUCAGUUUACAUGCGUGUACAUCUGCGUAUUCAUCUACGUGGGAGCUGAGCUAUUCCCGAUAACGUUUUGCGCAAUGCUAGGGAUAGAGUUCGCUUUACUUCGAGAAGAUUUGUUGCAAUUGAAGCCUGAAAAUAAAUGUGAUACGUUGGCUGAACACAGAAAUGAAGAGUACACAAUAACCGACUUUGUGAAAAGCCAUCAGAGAUUAAUCGAGUUGGGUCGCCAACUAGACGAAAUCUUCAAUCCAAUAGUAUUCAUAGAUUUGUUUUUUGUUGGCAUUACCACUUGCUUCUUCAGAUACGCAGGACAAUUCGCCCGAGGGCCAACGUACAUGGCCAAUAAUUACGUUGCUGUGUGUUCUUCAUUGACGUUCGUGCUAUAUCUCUGCUAUUCAGGAGAACUUCUUAUGGCUGAGAGUAUUGGAAUAGGUAACACGGCUUACGAAAUCCAAUGGUACAAGGGUGAUAAAUAUUUCCAAAAAACAAUCUGGUUUGUCAUUAAGAGAUCACAAAAGCCAUGUUGCUUGACUUCAUUAAAAUAUGCCACCAUCACGCUAAACAUGUUUACUAAAGUAAUGAGCACUACAUGGUCAUAUUUUUCACUAAUGAACACAGUGUAUGGAGAAGAAAAUUAAUUGGCAAGCCAAUUUAUGUGCACGGUUCAAUAAUUAAAUAUGUGCAAAUGUAAUGUAGUGAAUAAAUAAAAUU